CUGCAAGUGUAGAGCUGUAAGGUAUCAAGACAUCUCUCAGUCACAAGGCAUAUUGAACGCCGAUACCAUUGGACCGAGACCAAAUUAUCCUGAAAAUGGCAAAACCCAAGUCUGUCGCCGUUGCUGCUGCUAAAUCACGCGAGACGAUCGAGUCGGACGUAGAGAUGGACAGCGACAACCUGGACGAGCAAAGCUCGAGCGAGGAGAGCAGUGAAGAGAGCAGCAGUAGCGAGGAAGAGGACGAGAGACAGGCUCAGGAUGUAUCAGGAAGCACGAUGAAGAAGCCUAGUGGGAAACAGAAUGGCAAAUGGCCUGCGUAUGAGCCUCCCACAGGCAUGAAUGCUAUGCCCAUCAAUGUAAAUACGGCUGCCAGUGAAUUCGAGUGGAACGAGCUCGCCAAGCGUUCUGGCGUCGAGCUAUGGUGUAUACGAGUGCCAUCAACUUUCAAGACUACCCGACUAUCAAAUCUCCAGUUGGAUGCAUCCGUUCUGAAGCAGGGCAACAAACCAUCUUCGAAACCGCUUGGAACCUUGACUACCAGCCGGAACAGCUACCACCUCGUACCAUCGUCCUUGCCCUCCGCAUCAUCGUCGUCCUCAAACAACCUACCUAAAGGCGUCAACUUGGAGCAAGAACCUGACUUGCGGCCUUCCCUGGUGGACUCGAUGCUUCCCGCUGAUCAGGUUGGUCGCGGAGCUAGGAGUGCAGGGGAUACGGACAGGGAUCUCGAGAGGGAGGGAGCUGUGAAGGCCGAGUUGGGUCUAGAUGGGAGCAAGGCGGCCGGUGCAGAAGAGAUGCAGGGGUUGAAGUUGGUAGUACCCGAUGGCCGACGAGCUGGAUUUUUCAUGGCUCCGAUCCAGCCGACGAGGCAUGUCAUCCUUACUCCCCUUGUGGGACCCACUGUGGAUGCUGAAAACUCGAGCACACUUGUCAACCCUACAACCACCGAAGCGUCAGGCUCAACACCUGCGCCCAAGAACCGUCACCCACAGCCUGCCGGUCUCAAGUACCGAAAUAUUCCUUUCGGCGCGGUCAACCCCAAUACCUCCCAUCUCGUUGGCGGUCCGGGAAAGGAUGCUGGCAAGGACACCAUGGUCGCGCCUAAUGCGAUCGGGCAAGAAUCGGCUGCAGCCGAGGUGGUAGUGGAAACGUCUUCGGUCGUGGUGACGCCUUCAGGCAAGAACAGCGAGAAGAAGAAGGACAAGAAGCGCAAAUCUACCGCAGGCAAGGGUAUAGACGGCGUUGAAGACCCCGCCGUGGCGGAGAAGCGGGAAAAAGACAAGGACAAGGAGCGAAAGAGAAAGGUCGAAUCUUCUGGCGGUAGCAAGUCUAAGAGGAUGAAGACGGAAUAGAGGGGUGGGGCUGUACAUUUCUUCUUGGUCGUUGACAUACCAGUAGGAUGCAUGGAUAGAUCAUUUUACGACUUUGACCGAAGAAUCAUCCCAGCACACCCCCUUUCUUCAACCUUUUCUCCACCAGCGCGACGUACUGUUCCAUCCCACGUGGAAGAGGGCGGACCUUGCCAGCGCCGACCCGAUAAGUUGUCCCCGCGCGGCUCUCCGUCGCAUUUGUAUCAUCGUCGGUCGACCCGGCAUCAUCGCUAUCGUAUGAUCUUGCGUUGGGUUUCUCGCCUUCUAUCACCACGCGAUUAAACCAUCUAGCGAAGGUUUUGCCGAUCAGCGAGCUUCCUACAUAUCAACGAGACAACAGCAAUUACCUGUCAUGAGUGACCAGGACCAA